GCUCAAUAUACCGGUAAGCCACCAUGCUGGUCGACUUUUGGGGCAUUUUUAAGUCCAUCCGGGGGACAACAUGGAGUGUUUCCCCAGGGCCAUAUACGCAGGCCAGAUGGUAUGGCAAGGUCAUGCUACCUCUGCUUAAAGUCUUUGCGCUUCUCCGCACAAUCUUUUGCGUUAUAGCUGCAGCACUGGCGUCGGGAGACAUUAUGCCAGGACCUGACUUAUCUGCUGUUAUUGGGCUGGCUGCGAUACUUGUCUUCUUUGGCGCUCUUGACUGGAUACCCUACCGCAAGUAUGUCUGGUACAGAGAACCAAACUUGAUGCGCCAGUGGUCUGUUCCCUUCUUCACCGGCCUGGGACUGGUCUUAAGCAUUGCGCUCCUCGGAAAGGCGGCUUCGGCGCCAGUCUUUGAAUAUGAUUUCCUUCCCAGCUCUGGAAAGGGCACCGUUGCAGUCGCUGCGCUCAACUUUGUUUGUUCGCUCAUCGCGACCGUUGCCUGUAACGGUACCUUGUGGUACUAUAUUUACAGAAAACCCGCGUCCCUCUCCUUUACACACUACGGGCCGCGAUGUAGCAAAACAUCGACUGCUACAUCCACCACUGCAGUCGAUACUGAUGGACCAUGCGCGCGGUUGUUCGCGCAGCAGUCACAAGCGCCGGCAUACAGCUAUAGCAUCAAACGAAAGGCUGUACCAAACUCUACUGGUGUCAACACACCAGCUGUGGCAUCAACGCAGGCCAAUGACAACACGCCAACCACUCCGUCAUCAACAACAUCUGCCACUGGUGCGCACUAUCAUCCCAGCCAUAACUACUGGGCUGGUCAUGCAUACAAGUUUUUGAUCUUAUACAUGUGGCCAUUCUUCCUAUUGUAUUCAUUCAUCCACCUUGUUAUACAAGCAGUUCGUGUAUCGCGCUGUAAGGGUAGCGAAGAUACGCCAUGCGAGAAUGGCUAUGCUUUGCAUAUUAUUUAUCCGCUACUCUGGCCAAUACAAAUUGCAGCAACGUGCUUCUGCAUUCACAAACGUGUCGACUUUACAAAACACCUUUGGGGGCCGUUCAGUGUUUCUGCACUAGUUGUGUUUUCCUGGAUCCUCAUCAUUGUCUUGUGGUUUGCUGAUUUGGGUGUCUCGGCCGAAGGCUCACCUUUGUUUGAAACAUGGCAACAACUUAAUGAUUGGGGUACGUUCAAUGGUCUUGUAAUUGCCCUGUGGAUGGUUGUCUUGGGUGGAAUUCUUCUGUUGUCCGGUAAUGACUUGCAAAGAAUGAAGAAAUAUCGCCGCUUAUUGGGGGAAAGAAAGUAUAAUGAAACAUAUGGGUAGUCUCGAUGAACAUGUAUAUAAGUUAUAUCCGGUUGUACGUAUUGGCAUAGUAAAGGGAUCAAUUUCUGGUCGCGUGGCAAGCAUUAACCUAUAUGUUACUCUUCUUUCCGUAUCCAACAGGCUGUCUUAUCCCAUAGCGUACCGUCCAAGCCAUGUCUAAGUAAAAAUUGCUGUGUUAACUCUAUAGGGCAAGCUUCCUGCCCCCCUACGGCAUCAGCAGCAUGCACUCUACCUGGCUCAGGCACAUCUGCCAGUAGAACCUGUAUGUUGCCGUCGGGGUCCAAAGUUUGCCAACUCUCCGCAUAUUUGCCAAACCGUGGUUGAAGGUCCGCAACAUCAGCAAAUAUUAGUGUAAUGGUUCCUACACGCUCCACAUUUCCAUCUUUAUUUGACAACUCUAUCGCUUGCAACCACUCUUUCUUAACGUCGAGGCCCAACAAGGCAUGCCAUGCAUGGUCUACCUCGUGGUCAAUAUCCUCACCAUAUCCAUCCGCCCGUCCGAAAACUGCUGCCUGCAAAUAGGGCAAGUUUGAUAGUUGAUUCCAAAUGCCCUCCGCGCCAAGGUCAAGAUUGUACAGCGCGAGACGCUGCAGCUUUGGCCAGAGCGUAGCCCAAACUUCCGGCUCGUCUCGAGCUUCGGUUGUGCUGAGGAACAGCUCAUCGCGGACGCUAACAAAGUUUUCAAGACUGGUAAGAGCAGAGAAUCCAGCGCGAAGAAUCGGACGCACACCGUUGUGAUCAUCCUCAGGAUAUAGACUUCGGAGCGGCAUGUCUAUGACGAGAGACCGUAGUGUCGGUGCAACAGCGGUGAGAAGAUCGCGCACCGCAGUAGCAGUAGUGUGGUCAUCCAGAGGCGAAUCCACAGAAAUAUCAGGUGUUGAGGCAUCACUGGCAUCAUCGCGCUGCGUGGCGGUAGUUUCUUCGCUUACAUUAUCAACAGGUAUUGACUUGGCGGUUCCAGAAAAGGGGCUGAGGAAGAGUUUGCAGAUGUUUUUGCUUGGCGCUGCGGGAUCUUGUGCUUGUAGGAGCACAGUCUGACAAAGUUUCAUGAGCUUCUCUUCCGAGUCAAUAUAUACACAGUGCCUAUAGAGUAAUUCGGAGGCUAUCGGGUGUAUCAAUCGACAAACUCGCGCCAAAGCCAGCAGCGUUUUUGUUGUCUCAUGGCACGGAGCGAGGAUUGCUUUAUCGUCUGCCCAAAAGAAAGAGUUUAUAAUCUCUAAAAUAAUUUCCAAUGGGAGUCUAGGGGCGUUGCUAAGGUGCAUUGCUUCCAUGUUGCUGUCCUGCAAGAUGUAUUUUGGAAGCGGAGAGAGUGGGAUUUUGAGCCUGUAUCGCGC